AAGUUGAUCUCCUGAGAUUCUCAGAUAGCCUCAAAAAGACAAGAGGAAAGUUUGCCUUACUGUUCCUUUCCUGGAAAGAUGCAAAGUGCUCUAGUAGGCUCCUGGCACAGCAAUGGCUUCUAUGGGCACUACAGAGGCCAAUUCAAGAGUGAAAGUGCUCAAGAAUACCGCCUUGCAGCCAAGCCCCAGCCUCCGGCAGUGUUCCUGCAGCGAAGUCAGGAGCCAGCACAGCAACACUUCUUCUCCAAGCAUGACAACCGCACUUCUUUCGACAAAGGCCCCUUCUGUCUACUGCAGGGAAUCGGAAGGCGGAAAGACCUGGAGCGCCUAUGGCAGCGACACACCUUCCUGCGCUGGGCACCCUGUGAACUGGAGUUCCGCCAGCAGCGGCCCCUUGAAUCUUCCUACCAGGCCAAUUUCCAGCCAGGCCCAGGACUCAGUGACCUCCCUCAGCGCCUUGUCCACUUUGUGAAGAUCCAGCCUCCCCAUGCCAGCACCACCUACCAGCAGAACUUCUGCCAGCCAUCCCGGGGUGGCCAUUGUGGCAGCAUCAAUGUGCAACCCCAGACCCCUGUCACCAACACACUGCCUAACCUCCCCGGGAUCCCAAGACCCAAGCUGCUGCAGCAUUAUCUUCAUAGCGGGGUCUCUGAGUGUCUAAACUGGUCCAGAGCAUUAAACAAGAAUGGCUGACA